AUGAACGAAACUGAGGUAAAAGUUGAAAUAAAAGCAGAAUAUAAUGCCAAACUCGGCGAGAACGAGACCACGCCGCUACGGCAACUCGACGAGAACGAGACCACGCCGCUACGGCGACUCGACGAUAACGACGAGACGCCGCUACGCACAGUUGGAAUCCCUCAUUCUCCGGACUCCACUGAUUUCUCGACCGGUUGCAGUGGCCAUGGAUGGGAAAGCGACCACGACGAUGUCGAGAUCCGAUCUUUUCCUCGUACUCCGCGAAGUGAACUGACAAAACCAAAUAGUCCAACUAAUGCCACCGAAGACUCAGACUCAACGGACAACCUGGAAGAACUUGAAGCGUGCCGCGAAGCGACUCAGAAAGCGUUGGAAGAGUUGGAUCAGUUCAACGAGGAGCCGGAUAAGCGUAAGAAGAAGAAGCGAAAGCACAAGAGGGGUGAAUCUGAGGAAAGUGUUGCUGAAAAACGGACUCAAAGUAACAGUCCGGUCGAUGAUAAUCAAAAGGAAAACAAGCGCACCUCACGGGACAAUAAACGCACAAGCGAAGAGCAUCAACGGGACAGGAGACGCCACCACGAACACAAUCCAAGGGACGAUAGACGCCAUCACGAACACAAUCCAAGAGACGAUAGACGCCACCACGACGACAGUCAUAGGUAUAACAGACAUCGAUACGAGGAUAAACCAAGGGACAAGCGUGCACGCGAGGAUAAUCACAGGCUCAAAAGAGGCGAUUAUGACGCUAACCCACGAGACAAUGAACGCCACUAUGAGGAUAAUGAAAGGGAAAGUAAACGACUACGCGAGGAUCAUCAAAGCGAAAAAAGACGCCAUCAGGAGCAUAAGCAAAUGGAUAUUAAACGUCUACGCGAAGAUAAUCAAACUGAAGUCGAAGACCAGCGUGAUCCCAGGGUGAGAGUAACAUUAAAUGGCCUGCCGCGCAUCGCCACAAUAAAACAGGAGUCGACGUCCGCAGUGGAUUCAGAUUCGGAGUUUGAGUGGACUUAUGUUCGAGACGACGAGAGGCACAUCAAAGUCGUAAAUCUCGAGAAGUUGUGCCAGCAGGAGCAGAAUGAGGCCGUUGCAGAGGCGGCCAAUCCAGAGCCAUCACCACAAAAGCUGACAAAACGAGAAAAGGGCAACUUAGCCGAGAUUCGGGCCAAGCAAGUGCUCGAACUGUUCGAGCAGAAAAAAUUGGACGAUCAGGAGGAGGAGUUCCUUAUGAUGGACACUAUACACAAAGUGCCUAAGAGCGAGUUCUUCAUGAGUAAAGAAGCCUUCGAGAAUCCCUCGCCGAUAUGCAACAACUACAAUGUGGUUUAUGAGUUCAAUUCGGCGCCGGGAACCAGGAUUGAUUUGGCUAAAUGGGGGCUGGAAGCGUUGCCCGAUAGCACCAGGGAUCUGCUCCGGAUACUGGCCUACGAUGUGGAUCAUCUAAAACAGGGUCAGCUCAAGGCACAGCCAAACCAGCGCAUACUGAAACUAACACAGGAACAGCUUUUCAAUUCACCAUUUUCCGAACCGGAGGAAUUCGAUUCUGCGGCCCUUUACAUAAAUGCCUCGACCCAAACGGACUUCAGGCCCCACACGCACAGCGUCGGCACUCAGGCAAAACUGGAGGGACAGCCGAUAGGUGCCUUCUGGCAGGAACCGGACUUCGACAUGACCUUUUUGACGACGCCCCAAACGAAUGUGAUGUUUUCUUUGCAAGAGCUCUGCCGAACACUGCCAAGCCCCGCGCAUGCCUGUAGACUCUACCAAGCCCUUCUACCUGCUCUGGUUAACAAGCGCGAGUUUCGUUCACACAAAUAUUGA